AGUAGACACUGGGACGGUGGGACCUGAGACGCAAUCAGUUGCUGCCGAGUUACUCUGGUGUACGUUGGUCAUCAAUAACGCUCUUGCUUUUUGUGAAAAGGAAAUCUACUGAUAUUUCAACAAUGGGUCACGAAGGAGAAGUUACUCUUAUUCAGAAUUCUGAUGACUUGAAGAGUAAACUUAAAGACGCAGGCAAUAAAUUGGUAGUUAUCGAUUUCUUUGCUGUAUGGUGUGGACCAUGCAAAAUGAUUGGGCCAAUGAUUGAGGAAUUGUCAAAGGAAAUGCAGGAUGUUGUUUUUCUUAAAGUUGAUGUGGAUGAAUGUGAAGAUAUUGCUGCUGAAUACGAGAUAUCCAGUAUGCCUACCUUUGUUUUUAUAAAGGAAUGCGAAGUGUUGGAGACUUUUUCUGGUGCAAAUUACGAGAAACUUAAAAAUACAAUUCAAAAACACAAAUAAAUAAAUUGUCACAAAUGUUUAAAUAUAUUGUAUUCUUAAAAACUGUAAAAGUGACAUACUGGAUUAGCUAUAAUUAUUAUUUUACACAAAUAAUAUAGAAUGGCUAUUUAAAUAGAAAA